CUUACCUCGAGCAGCUACUCCCGUCCUAGCCCCGAUCUGGUCCCGCUUACGGAUUUCAGGCCGGCGGGGGCAUGCCUGGCGGUGAUUCUGAGUACGGAUCCAGAUAUGGUGGGAGGACUGAGAUCGGUGGCGGAGGCGGAUAUGGCAGGAGGUUACCGGAGACAAGAUAGCUCCGAGAAACCUGCUUAUGGGAUGCGCCACAAUGAUGAUUACGAUCACGAUGACAAGGAGGAGAUGAUCCUUCAGAAAAUCACAAGAAUACUGAUUAGCAGAGACAUUUAUGACAUUGCAGCCCUUUGCUCUGCCAAUGAGAGAUCGUUCUUCAAAGCUUGUGGGUUUGGAGAUGACAUUUUGGGAUCUACCACAAUGAUGUACACAAGGACUGCUCCAACCUGUGAUAAUGCUGGUGGAGAUUAUCAGAAUCACAUGGCGAAACGUGUAGGUAGAAAACUCUUGCUAAUUCCACCUCCCAGAGAGUUACCUUCUCUUAAGGUAACUGUUGGAGAAUCUGCAGAGGACUGAGCUUGUAUAGUUCAACUCCACAGCCAUUUGGAUAGAAUAUAGACUACAGCAGAGAUCCCAGACCCAGGUUAGAAAUCGAUUGUUGUACUCUGGUCUAGUCUCUUAGAUCAAUAUAUUUACUCGUUUUCGCCAUGUGGGAUUCUGUUGAAAUUUCGACUAUAAGCUUAAGCUUUACUACCUUAUCCAUCUAUAAACUAAUUUAAUCUUU